AUGGGGCAUGUGGAAGAAUAUACACUUUUCAUUCAUGCUCAGAAUCUGCAUACCCUUGAGGUGUCUGGACAUGAAACAGUAGCUCAUCUUAAGGUUCAGAUCAAAUCCCUGGAGGACAUGACCCUUGAGGAUCAAGUGAUUUUUCUGAGUGGGAUCUCCUUGGAAAAUGUCCAACUCUUUGAAAAUGAUUCUGUCAUUGGUCAAUGUGGCAUCAGUGUGAAGAUCCACAGUUCCCUGGCUCAUGCUGUCAAAGUGAAAGGCCAGACCCCAAAGGUUCUUAAGCAAGAAAAGAAAAAGAAAACUGAGUGGGGCAAGAGGCUCAUGCAAUACAAUUGCCAAUUUAUCAACAUUGUGCCUUCUUUUGGUAAAAAGAGGGGGCCUAAUGCCAACUCCUAA